AUGGCCAAACCAAUACAAUCUGGUAAUAAAACUCGUUUUACUGAUCUCUACAAUGAACCUGUAGAUCAUCUAUUGUCACCGAUAAAAGGCUAUCAAGAUAAACCACUUGUUUCACUCAUGGAAGCUAUUGAACCGGUUUCAAAAGUUUUUAAUGAAAUUGAAGACAAUGUUUUAGUUGCAUUACAUAAUUGUCAAAGUCCAGCUGAUGGGUUAAAUCAACAAGAAUCAGCUUCUAUCCAUUUGUAUACAAUGGAAUUUGAUAGUGGACUAAGUUUAUAUGUUGUGCUUAAUGAGUCAUUACGUGCUGAAAAUCGUGGAGAUUUGAAACCAUGGUUUUCGUAUCUUAAAUUAUUUCUUACUGCUCUACAUAAACUACCAUCACAAAGUAGAAGAGUAUGGCGUGGUAUUCGAGAUGUCGAUUUAAGUUCAAAAUACAAAACUGGUACAAAAUUUGCUUGGUGGGGAGUAAGUUCUUGUACUGCUGAUAUGCAAUUACUUGAGUCAGAGAAAUUUCUCGGUAAACAUGGACAACGUACUCUCUUUUCAAUUGAAUGCAUCAAUGGAAAAUCUGUUUCAGCACAUUCAUAUUUUAAAAAUACCGAAAAUGAAAUUAUUCUUAUGCCAGGCUCAUAUUUCGAAGUAUUAGGUCAAUUAAAUCCUGCACCUGAACUUCAUAUAAUUGAAUUAAAAGAAAUUACACCACCAAUGACACUUGUUAAACCACCAUUUUCUAAAUCGGACGAACAAAAACCUUCUAUGGUCGUUAAUGAACCAAAUACAUUGUCUCAAUCAACAUCAAUAGAGAUGACACCAAUGCAACCUGUCAAUAUUGUUACAAAUCAAAUAUCAGCAAUGACAUCAGAAAUGGCUCAACCUCCGAUACCUAUGGUUUCGUUUCAUCAAAAGACAUUUGGAAAAAAUAUUCAACUAGAUAAUAAUGCAUUAAGAGCAACACGACAUACAUCAUAUGAUGAUGGUAUUACAUUUACAAAUAGACAAAUUGAAAUGAAUGAAUAUAUACAUAUAAGAAUUGAUAGUAAUGAAAGUCGUAUAUUGAUGGGAUCGUUAGCUAUAGGUUUUACUCAAAUCGAUCCAAAUACAAUUCAAAUCCAUGAAUUAUGUAAAUCUGCAGUACCAAAUAUUUGUCAAAAGACUGGAUUAUCGUAUGUUAAACGUAUUUUUGACAAGUUAACAAACCAAACUGUGAUCUCAUUUUAUUAUAAUCAAGAAGGAGCUUUUUAUAUAUUCAAUGGCCGAGAACACGAAAUUUCUAGAACUAUUGAUUCUAGAAUGCCAUUGUGGGGUAUUAUUGAUGUAUACGCAAAUGUUAAAAGUGUUGUUUUAACCACUCCACCAAAAAGAAUUCUCGAUGCUAGAACAUUUUUUAUCAAAUAUGAAAGUCAACCACAUAAUCUAUCUAUUCGGUAUUUUACCCAUUUACAACCUACAAAUUUGCAACCAAUUGUUUUUCACGAUGUUCAUGGACCAGAACUUGAGUUAUAUUGUGAAAAUAAAGUUGUCUUUCGAAAAAAUGUUCGAAAACUAACACGACCUUAUUUAUUCAUUAAUUUCCCAAUCAAACCUGGUGAUGAAUUUUAUAUACGUAUUUUAUCCAUUGACUUUAACUAUGGAACACCAGGAAUUAUUGGUUUUACCAAUAGUAAACUAUCACAUAUUCUCGCAAAUUUUGAUAAACUACCAGCUGAUGAUCCAAUGGAUUUAUAUAAUCGUCGUGAAUUUUGGAUUAUCAAUAAAGAUGGAUUCGAUGAAAGAUUGAGUGAACUUGAUGAAUAUCGUUUUGUAUACGAUCAAAGUGGUGAUAUUUAUAUGUGUCGUAAUAACGAAUCCAUCUUACCAACAAGAACUGUAGCACAUAUUGAUCCAAGUCAAGAAUUUUAUCCAUUUUUUUUUCUCAACGGUCGUAUAGCGGCUUUCUCUUUGAUGGGUCUUGUUUCACCUACUAGAAUAGUGCCUCAUUCGCUGACACUGAUAAACGAUCGUAAUGAUGAUUUCGGCAUUUGUCAAUUAUGCUGCGAUGCACCAGCAAACUGUGUAAUGUUUCCAUGUGGUCAUGUUUUCUUUUGUUCUAAUUAUUGGUCUCUUAUUUCAUUACUUUCAUCAUCAAUUGAACAAUGUAAAUCUAUUGAAUUUAUACCAUUAACAUCAACUGAUGAAUAUAAAGUACAUUGUUAUUGUGAAAAUAUUUAUUUAUGUUAUUCAUUAAUUUUUUCACAUAAUUAUCAGCAAUAUAAGCAAUUACAGAGGAUUUAUUUUUAUCAUUAGAAAAAUAUAGUUGAUAAAAUAU